CCUCCGCCGCUUCCGCUUCCGCCGCCCCGCGCAUCCCCGCCGCCCCUCGGCCCGGCGCAGGCGGCACUCGCCGCCAGGAGCCCGCGCCGCGCGGGGGGAAGCGGGCGCGGGGUGAGGGCGGGCGGCGGCCCCCAGAGCGGGGAGGCGGCUGAGGGGAGCCGGCGUGAGGGGACGGGGCCGGUCCGCCCCGUGUUCCCCCCCAUCCUCGCCGCAGAGAGGCCUGAGUGGGAGCGGGGCGCCGGCGGGCAGCCGGAGCCGUGUGGCGAGUCCAGCCUGGUGCCUGCGGGGAGCGGGCGAGAGAAGGGCCGGGCCGGGCCGGGAGGAGGCCGGGCGGCGCCGGCCUUGCGCUAGGCCCGGGCAGGCAGCGAAGGAGCCCCUCUCACCCGGCGCUGAGACCCUUCUGCUGGUGGGUAGGUCAGGUGUGGGGGGAAAUAGGUGCUUAGCCCUAAUAAGGGAUUAAAAGAUGCUUCAUGAAGCUGCGCAUUGGCUUCUUGAACUAAGGGACCGUUCCCAGUCCAGCCCUGCUGUCUGCCCGGCUGGUGCGAGGGGUUAGCCUGGUGGGAGUGAGCUGCUGAGGAAUGGAAGGGACAGAGAGCAACGGCAGCACGGCCUCCUCGGUCGUGGCAGACUGGAGCUUGGUGUUUUGGACUCUGUGCGCCGUGAUCCUGCCGGUGCUGAUCACCUUGUGGUGCAGUUUCCAGCGGUCGCGGCGGCAGGUGCUAAUACGAGACAUCUUUCGCAAGAGCAAGCAUGACUGGCACUACACAGACCUCUUCGGCCAGCCCUCCUACUGCUGCGUCUGUGCUCAGCACAUCCUUCAGGGUGCUUUCUGCAACUGCUGCGGGCUGCGUGUCAGCGAAGGAUGCCUCAAGAAGGCCGACCAGCUUUUUCUCUGCAAGGAAAUUAUGAUGAGGAGCAAUGGCGGAGCCCACAGCUCUAUGCCACACCACUGGAUCAGGGGCAAUGUCCCCCUCUGCAGCUGCUGUAUGAUAUGCAAACAACAGUGCGGCACACAGCCCAAGCUCUGCGACUACAGAUGUGUGUGGUGUCAGUACACUGUACAUGAUGAAUGCAUGAUGGAUUGUUUAAAGACUGAGGAGUGUACAUUUGGAGAAUUCAGAGACUUAAUUAUUCCACCAUACUAUUUGUCUACAAUCAACCAGAUGCGUAAAGAUAAAAGAACCAAUUAUGAAAAGGUAGUACCUUACUGCAGAAAACACUGGAUGCCAGUAAUCAUACUGGCUAAUACUCGUAGUGGAAACAACAUGGGUGAAACUUUACUAGGAGAAUUUAAAAUUCUGCUGAACCCCGUUCAGGUUUUUGAUCUAAGCAAAAUUGCACCUGCUAAAGCACUCCAGCUUUGUACCUUGCUGCCUUGCAACGCUGUCAGGGUCCUUGUCUGUGGUGGGGACGGCACAGUAGGCUGGGUGCUGGAUGCGAUUGAUGAAAUGAAGAUAAAGGGGCAAGAACGUUAUAUUCCCCAAGUUGCAAUUUUACCUCUGGGAACAGGUAAUGACCUGUCUAAUACACUGGGCUGGGGUGCAGGUUAUGCUGGAGAAGUCCCUGUAGAACAAAUCUUACAAAACGUCAUGGAGGCAGAUGGAAUCAAACUAGACAGAUGGAAGGUUCAAGUAACAAACAAAGGAUACUACAACUUAAGGAAACCAAAGGUAUUCACAAUGAACAACUACUUUUCUAUAGGACCUGAUGCUCUCAUGGCUUUAAAUUUUCAUGCUCAUCGUGAGAAGACUCCCUCUCUGUUUUCCAGCAGAAUUAUUAAUAAGGCUGUUUAUUUUUUUUAUGGAACCAAAGACUGCUUAGUACAAGAAUGUAAAGAUCUUAACAAAAAGGUUGAGCUAGAGUUGGAUGGUGAGAGAAUAGAGUUGCCCAAUUUGGAAGGCAUCAUCGUCCUGAAUAUUGGAUACUGGGGAGGUGGCUGCAGGCUCUGGGAAGGAAUGGGUGAUGAACCUUACCCCUUGGCGAGACAUGAUGAUGGACUUCUGGAAGUUGUUGGCGUUCAUGGUUCUUUCCACUGUGCCCAGAUUCAGGUGAAACUCGCAAAUCCUGUUCGCCUAGGGCAGGCACAUACAGUGAGGCUGAUCUUGAAGAGUUCAAAGAUGCCGAUGCAGGUGGAUGGAGAGCCGUGGGCUCAGGGGCCCUGCACUGUUACCAUAACUCAUAAGACACAUGCACUGAUGCUGUAUCACUCGGGUGAACAAACAGAUGACGACGCUUCCAGCAUGUCUGAGCAAGACCACGUGAGAGAACAGACAGAUGAAGAUGUAUAGAUUUUGCAGAAUUUAAUAUAAUACAGUGAUGAACUUCAGCUCUUUAAAAACACUGAGAAUGCCUAAUCUAGCCGUAAGGUUCAUACCUGUGAAUGAACUAGAGCUGAGGAAAAAGCCAUGCUUUUACAUUCAUUAAAAUGUUCACAGCUGAAUUACCACAACUGUUUUGCCUUUUAGAUUGGUGGUGAUGCCCAGCCUUUCUAGCUGGAGUGAGUUACUCUGGUGGCAGGAGAGAGACAGGUAUGGCAGCCCUUCCUUGCCAUGGAAUCAGAUCUUCUGCACAUACACAAUAUAGCAUGCAAAAUGUUUGAUACCCUUAGAAAGGGGAACAGCUGGAAGUUUGGCCUGCUUCCUCCAUCUGCCCACUUCUCCAGAACAGUUUCCAGAGCAGAAAACCAGACCAAGUAGGAUGUGGGCUGAUUUUCCAACAACAGCCUGCUCCUGGCUGCCAUCUCUUUUUGGGAGCAAGACAAACGCUUCUCUGUGCGCCUGCUGGUGCAGUGCAGGUGUAGUAGGCUUGGCUGGGAGAGUGCAGGAUCUGGGAGCUCUUGGGAAGAUGGUUAGCAAGAAAAGAUGCUUUUGGACCAAAGGUUUCUGGAAAUGUUCUGUUAGUGAAUGACCUUUUCCAGUGGCUUUGUAAGUCAUAGUAGAGUACUCCUGAGGUCCCGAGUACCUAAGCUACAACUUCCAAAUAAUUGUACCAUGACUUGCACUGAACGAUCCUGUGACUGACUACUUCAGUGAGAGGCUAAUUCUAGUUUUUGUAAAUAGUAACAUCAUAGUUCUUGAGGAGGCUUUUUGGAGGAAAACUUGGACAAAGGAGCUGUCUUUUUUUAGCUGUUUAGAGGAGGGUUUUAAAGAAAUAAUGAUGAGUGGCAAAUACAGUUUGUUUGGUUUUUUUAAAGUCUUGUUAAAGAUCUUGCUUCGUAAUUACCUGAAAAUGAUCAAUACUAAGUCAGUCUGUUAACUGUUUCAAUUUUAACUGUGGAGGUUGAGAGCUAAGUUUGCAAAGGUUAACAAGUUCUGGCCUUCAUGUGUAUAAUUUAAUCGUGACAAAAAGCAUGGAAGCAUUUGUUUUCUGACUGGCUCUUAGGGGGUCAGAGGUACCUUGUUUGACUUGAAACUUCAUUUCCCAUCUGAAUAUAGGGCGAGAAAAAGAUUGGUGGUCUGUACUGAUAGUAAAAGUUAGGAGCAUGUACAACAGUACACAGAAACUCUCAGUUUGGUAUAUCUGAAGCUUCUCAGGUUAAAAGCUUCUCAGGUGAAAACAGCUCCAUGGUUAAAAAUCUGCUUCGUUUUUUUUCUCUUCUGUUGUAGGUAUUUUAAGCUUGCAGCAGGUGAGAGCUAUGAGUUGAGGUUUAAAAUUUGUCACUCAGUAAUUCAGUUAAGUCCAGUUGAGUCAUGAAGGUGAUCUUCCAAGUGGGAAGAGAAUUUAUGCUGACUGUCUACUGUGUAAGCCAAGAUCAUAAGAGAAGUUGAGAGCUUUGGUCUGAACUUUGAGUGUUGCUGCUUUUGUCAGAACUCCCCCAAUCUUUGUUGGGUUUUUUUCCUCCUUUUUUCUUUGUGGUAACUGAAAGUGAGGGGUGAAGUAGGGUAUGUUUCUAGGUUUUGUAAAAUUAAACUGUUUUUCAACAAUCUAUAAAAUGAAAUUUGCAUUGACGGUGAUAAGAACUCUUUAUAUUUUAAAAUAAUUUAUUGAAACCUUGUCAAAGUCAGUAUUUUUAAAUCUUUUAAUUGUAAUCCUCUUUGGAGAGCAUUUUUAACUUGAUGGUAUUCGUUGUAGAAAAUGUAUGUACUAGAUCUUCAAUACUACUGAUUUUCAGUGAAUUUAUAGCUGUCUGAAAAUGUGAUUAGAGCGUAAUGAACUGUAAAGCAGAAGCCAUUUGUAAAUUCCAUAUUCAUUAGCCUUAUACCCCAGGGAAGGGGGGCUGGAACUAGGUGAUCUUUAAGGUCCCUUCCAUCCCAAGCCAUUCUAUGAUUAUACGCCUCAUCUUAAUUAUUUUAUUGUAUGUAAAUAUAGAGAACAAAUUGAUAAUUAAAUCUAUGUAAAAAGUGUUUAAAAUACACAAAAGUAUACUUAGAUAAAUCCACUACCUUUUUUUUUUUUUCAGUUCUGAGGUUCAAUUUGUAUUAGCUUCAAAAAUCUUACUAGUUAAGUUACUAAUAUUUUUUUUUUUUUUAGUAACUUGUAACCAUCAGCAUCCUAAAAAUAGUUAAGUUCCAUGCUAUGGUUCUUAAGUAACUAUUGUUUACAAAUAAAUGACAAGUCUCUGAAAAAGCAGGGUAUGUGCUAUGAAAGGCGGUAUUUUCUCAAGAGAAAUGAUGCCACUGGCUACUUAAUCUAAACUAUUCAUAAUACAGUUUAAAGAGUUACCUGAAGUUGAUCAGAUGAUUAUUCAAAUUCUUUUAUAGCCUAAGAAACUUUCUGUUCAAAACUUCACUCCUUGAACUCCUGACAUCUAGAAAAAAAAUAAUUGAUGCCGAGACUUUGAAAGCCUCCCUUUUUCACAGUAGGUGAGUUGGCUUCUCCGCCCGGGCUUUGCCUGGCUGGGUACCAGUGAUGGUGUAUAUGUUUGUGCAGGCAGGAUCCUCCCACUUACUGCGGCUUGCUGGGAGUCUAGUUCUAAAUGUGUGAAAUCCUCUUUGGGAAAUGUAAAUCCAUCAUUCCUUUGGGAGAAACAAGGAGUGUGAGAAGUGAAAGUAGCAUCUAAUCGGUCGCUUGUUUUGGAAAACCCCUGGUAAAUGGUCUUGUUUAUAUUGGAUGGAUCAUCCCCUUCUUGCAUGUGGAAGUGAAGAAGUUUGUGUUUCAUAAAUUGACUGUUAGUGAUGCAGCAAGUGAUAGGUAGCAAACGUAGCCAUUGUAAGCAUGGGGAAGCCUCUUGUAAAAUUGUAUUUAUGGUAUGGAGAACACUCUGUAUUAUUUAUGGUAUGAAGAACAUUCUGUAGGGUUGAAGUGUCCACUUCCCAAUCAGACCUGGGGUCAUCCUUCUGUUGUAACGAUACGUAGCUGUCAUCUGCAUGACAACAAAAAGUUGUUUUUAAACAUACAGUGUUAGCACUAGAAUUCGUUGGGAAGUCUUGCUGUUUCCAACAUGCUGUCCUUUGAUUUCAAUGUAUCCGCCUUUCCAGUAUGUUGCAAAUUGGGUUAAAACCUGUUUUGAGUUACUUUGAUCAAACUGUUUUAAGUUUUAGUCUAACCGCAGACAGUAAAUGUCAGCAGUGGGCUCCCAAAUUCUAAUGCUAGCGUAAAUGAACUUUUCUAAUUUGUAAUAUAGCUGUAGCUGCUGAAUGUUGUCGUGUGUGUGCUGUGUAAAACUGUUAUGUGCUUUUUUUUUUAUGUUUUGGGUGCAUAAAGCACCAGUACAAAUACCUACUCUGUAGCGCUUGUGAAAAGCUUGGGAACCUGCAAAUACUGCAGUACACGCUCUGUCCAGAAGAGGGUGCUCUGCAGCUGGCGCUCCUGUCCCGCGCUGCGGAAUUGUCCCUUACCCUGCUAAUGAUGAGCGUGGGAAAAAGAGGGAAAGCGAUGUUUCAAAAAGACAGAUAAGGAAUAGUUUCUUCUGGCAGUCUUCAUGCAGUAUACCUUUGUGUAAAAUGUACAGGGUGAAUAAUAACAUCAAUUGUCAAGCACUCAAAAGUGAAUUCACAGAGUUUAUUUUUAAUUUUGUUGCAGCAUGCGCUGGCUUAACUGCAGUUGUCAGAUUCCAAUAACUUUCUUUGCUGUAGGUUCUCAAUCCUGUGACAUGCAAUACGAAAAACUUAAACUCGUCUGGAGAGCCUUUCUGUGAGUCGGCUUCCUGCCUUGCUCAAACCACCCUUGUUUACACGCACGUUGAGAGGAUGGGAAUGUGUAUUUUCAUGUGCAUAGA